AUCAAUUCAACCAAAGGUGGUGCUCUGAGUAGUUCUCCAAAAAGAGCCGUCAGCACCUCUUCUGGGUCCUUCUCUUCGCUAGUCAGCCCUCGCAUAUGUGGUAGACACUUCGCUAACAAUUCGCGAACCUUCAUGAUGUGAUCAGCACGGACAUAGUGGAACUUUCUCAAAGGAUAUACUACUUCAGAGGCCAGCAAACGUUGAAGUUCCCGAUAUUGUGGUAUGUCAUCUCUGGUCGCUGGUCGCUCAAGUAAUCUAUCAAAAGCAGUGCUUUGCACGAACAUAGCAUACAAUGUAGCGUCAAGAUAGCAGCUAUUCUUGUGUCCUUGAAUGCCUUUCAUGCGGCCCACGAGAUCUUCAGUGAUCUUCCAGGGUUCACAUUUCGUUGGUUCGACUCCGCUAUCGAUGCUACCGAAAUCCGACCGGCACUGUUUGGGCGAGCCUGCUCCACUAUACGCAGCGCUGUGGUCAAUACGUCGAUCUCGUCGAAGAGCGGACGUUGGCACAAGAACACCAUUCAUAAUAUCAGCUGCACUUGACAUGGGAGCUUCGUAGGCAGGACGCCAACCAGAUGGAGACGUUUCAUCCAAUUCGACUACUGCACUUCGCUCAAUGUGGUCACGAUCGUCACUCAUCGCAUCGCCAAUCCAUCGAAUGACUCCCAUACGACAAGCCCCGAGAUGACAAACUUCCACACAACUUCCUACGGUAAAAGAAUCAAUCAUGUAAUCUUCCGCUUGCAUCUGCGGUCGAGGAGGCACAGGAGGUGAUGGGAUGUCACGAAGGGAUUCUGCGGAAGCUUUGAAUCAACGGAAGAUGCCUAUUCUGACCGUCUGCAACCGUUACAACAGAUUGCGGAAUGAUUUCCAAAGCGGAGAGAAGUACAAAACCGGCAUGAUUCUCCGGAGUCUGGAACAACACUUCGCCUUGGAAGACACCCGUGCCUUUUCCAACCAUUUCGUCGAAAUCCACGCCAGCAUACAGACUGCUAUGUCCUUUGAGGUGACCAAUGAACUUUAUAGUGCCCUUAUGAUUCCCGCUUUCAGAAACCCAUACACAUCUGUCGCCAACAGCUGCUCCACCAGUGCUGACGGGAUCGUCUACCCGGAAAGUUCUGUCGUGAACAACCAUCGCAUGAGAGCUGUGACUUCUAGUAGGUGCUCGGUUGAAAGGGCGAUUUUGAAGUCUUGCCUCCCUAUCCUUCCAACGAUCCCUCUCAUGAAAGUUAUUAGAUUCGUAGUCGUUGGUUGUGUAAAUGUAAUUGCUCUUCCCUCUCUGCUCAUGUCGAGAAGCAUCGUCGCGCCAAUAUUUCAAUUCGUUUUCAUAUGAGUCAAUAGACGAUGAAGCGGGAGCUGGAGAACGAAGUUCAUAACUAGUGCCAACCUGACAAAUGGGAAUAACCCGUGGCUCGUUUGACAUUGUAAUUCUGCUUUCGGCUAUAAUUGA